AUGCCAUCUCGUCCGUUCUGGUGUCAUCAGUGCGCCACGGUGCGCUCGUUAACAGCUCCUUCGAACGACGCAGAAGCAGCGGAGGUCAUAUGCGCGUGGUGCGGCGGCGGAUUCGUGGAGGAGUUGACUGCAGGCAGCGAAAUCGACGGCGGGGAGCACGGCCGCCACCACAGAUGGCGCCACCGCGGAUCCGACCACGCCCGCGCAGCUGCUGCUGCCGCGCCCGUGAUCGACCUAACGGAGGAGUAUACCGGCAACGCGCAUGCCGGCAACGCGCAUGCCGGCAACGCGCAUGCCGGCGCGUCGAGCGGGUUCGCGAGGGAGGCUCGUGAGAGCUCGUUCGCGUGGGACGGCGAGAGCGCGGGCGAUGCGGAUGUCAGCGCAGGCGAGACCGCCGGGGUCGCCGCCGGCGCGUCGCUCCGCCCCGAACGGCCCUUCCGCGGAUUCGUUCGCCGCCGGCACGUCGGCGUGGGUGCUGACGUCAGGUCCCCGGGCCCGUCUGCCGGCGAAGCAGCGUUUCGGGAGUCCAGCGGGUGGGGCGUGCGGCCCGCCGACGAUGACGGCCGCGCUGCUGCUGCCGCCGGUGGCGUUAGCCGUAGUGGCAGCGGUGGUGGCGGCGGCGCUACCAAUGGUGGUCCAUCCGCGGCCGCUGCUUCCGCGUCCGCUGCGGCUGGAGCGGGCGGCGAGGCGGAGGAGGGCGGCGAGCGGCACGGCGCGGCGCGGAGGCUGGAGGGCGCGUAUCUGGGGCUGGCGAGGAUGCUGCGAGACAUGGAGGACCGCGUUGACCACGAGCGACUCGCUGACGUGGCCGGCAGGGAAGCAACGUUCGGUGCUUAUGGCAGAGGGGGACUGGGGGGGAGGGCAGGGGGAGCGGCGUCGGCGCGGGUGGGGGGCGCGCGGGCGCGGCGGUUCGGAGGGGCGGAGGACGGGGGCGGCGGGGUGGCGGCGUCGUUGCUGGGCGUGCGAGGGGAGGCGGAGGCGUCGCCGAUCCUGGAGUUCAUGGGGCGACGUGUGAACCGCGAACACACGUUGCGGCGCCUUCUGGCGCGUCUCGAGUCGCUCAACGCCAUCGUUGGCGGGCAGCUGCUGGACGGCGCCGCUGCGGGCGGCGCGGCGGGCGGCAUAGCGGGCGCGGUGGGGGACUACUUCUUUGGAGACGACUUCGAUGCGCUCGUGGAGCGGAUCUCCGCCGACGACGCCGUCAGCACGCGCAACCCGCCCGCCUGCCCGGCGGCCGUCGAGGCCAUGCUGGUGCGCGUGGUGACCGCUGCUGACGUGGCGCAGCGGGAGGCGGCGGGAGAGGGCGAGCACGGGGAGGGCGGCGGGCUGAUGGACCCGUGCGCCAUCUGCAAGGACGACUACGACGCGGGCGCCGUCACGCAGCAAAUGCCGUGCCGCCACGUGUACCACUCCGAUUGCCUCCUGCCGUGGCUGCAGCGCCACAACACGUGCCCCGUCUGCCGCUUCGAACUGCCCACCGCGGACGCGCAGGACGCGCAGCAUCAGGGGCAGGGGCGGGGGGCGGAAGGAGCAGGGGGAACCGGCGCGGGCGGGGGAGCGGAAGCUGGUGGCGGCGGCGCAGCAGGGGGAGGCGAGGGGGAGCGCGGCGACGUUGAGUGGCACGAGAUGCAGUGGGAGGGCGGGGAGCCCGGCGAAGGGGAGUGGGGCGGCGGGGAGAGCAGGGACGGCGGCGGCGAUGGGUGGGACAGCAUGGAAAGCGGGGAGAGGGGCCGCGGGGGGUGGAGCGGUGGAGUGAGCGGAGAGGAGGGGGGCGGCAGCGGGUGGGAGGGCGGGGAUAGCGAAAGGGAGAGCGUGGGGUUCCGGUGGGAGUGGACGGAGCGGGAGCGGGAGAGGGAGAGGGAGAGAGAGAGAGAGCGAGAGGAAUGGAGGGAGCGGGCGUGGGAGAGGGUGAGGGAGAGGGAGAGGGAGCGGGAGAGGGAGAGGGAGGGCGGGAGAGUGGGAGUGCGGGGCGUGUUGGGGCAGUCAGCGGCGGCGCGCGCGCUCAACAGGAACAGCAUCGGCACCCUGACCACCCUGGUCACCCUGGGCUCCUCCAGCAGCGCGCGCAGCUCGCUUCCGCGCGAGGCGGGGCGCGCGGGGAGAGGGGGGGAGUGGGAAGGGCGCACGCGGUGGGGAUGGGGGAUAGGGGGGGAUGCGGGUGGGGGUGGCGCGGGUGGCGGGUGGGGGAGGGGCGGGUUGGGAGGUGCGGGGUGGGGGCUGAGGGGAGGGCGCGAGAGGGGCGGCUGGUCUAGGGGCGGCCGUCUGGCGUCUUCUUCCUCCCUGCGCCACCACCGCCACGCCUCCCCCGCGCGCCCCGCCUCCCCUGCUCUCGCCGCGCCAGAGCCCCCCUCGUCGUUAGCAGCAGCGUCUACUGGCGGCGUGGCACAGCGCGCGCAGCAGCAGGGCCGGGAGGGGCAGCGAGUGAGUCCGCGCGCGGGCAGGCAAGCGGGGCGCGGGCUGUGGGGUGGCGCGGGGCAGAGGCAGGCAUGGGCGGCCGUCACAGGGGGUACGGAGAGGCGAGCGGGCAGCAGAGGAGGCGGGGAGAGCAGCGUGGGCGAGUGGGGAAGGCCGUGGGAGGAGCAGCAGCAGAGCAGCGAGCAGGGCAGUGCGUGGUGGCGACAGGCAAGAGCGGAGGGCGCAGGUCACAGGUGGGCGGGCGGACGGGCUGGGGGAAGGGCGCAGGGGGGGCAGGAGGGCGAGGAGCAGAGGCAGGAGGAUGGGGUGUGGCAAGGAGUGCAGAAUGAGCAGAUGAGCGAGGGAGAGGGGGUGGCGGGGUGUGUGAGUGGGGAGGAGGGGACGAGGGGGGGGUUGAUGAGCGAGGGAGGAGGCAGUGGUGGGUGGGAGUGGGAGGAGGGCGGAACGAGUGCAGGCGCGUGGGGUAUGGGAGAGGGGGAGGAGCAGCAUGAGGAGCAGGCGGAGGAGGGAGAGGAGGAGAUUGAAGGGGAUGACGUGGAGAGGGAGUGGCAGGUGGAUGGGUCGGAUGGAGGGGAGGGGCAAGAGGAGUGGGAGGAGGGCGAGGGAGAUGAGGAGCAAGAGGAGGAGGAUGUGGGUGGGGAGGAAUGUGAAGAGUAUUAUGAUGAGGAGGAGGGGGAUGAGGACGGGGAGGAGGAGGACGGGGAGGGGGAGGGGGAGGAGCAAGAGGAGCAGGAAGAUGAGGAGGAUGAGGAGGAAGGAGAAGAAGAGGGCAAGGAGCAACUGUUUUUUGACAGCAGUGCAGACCAUGAGGUCAUGCUGACAUCACACUAUCAUCAGCAGCUGCACUUGCCAUCCCCCUCACCCCCCCUCUCCCCGCCUCCAGCCCAUGGCCGCCGUCCCUCCCCCCCUUCCCUCAGCCCACGCCCCCCCCUCACUGCAUCACCCCCCCUCACUGCAUCUCCCCCUCAUGCCUGGCAUGCCCCCCCCCUCCCCUCACUGCACACGCACCUCUCCUCCUCUCCCCUGCGCUCCGCUCCUCCCCCCCGCCUGCCCUCCUCGCCCUCGUCCUUCUGCCCACGCCCUCGACUCUCUCCCCGCUAUGCCUCCCUACGCACACAGCCCCACCGACCGCCCUCACCGUUCUGA